CUAGAUGGCUGCUAACACGAGCGGCUCGUUGUACAGUCACCAGGGGGCACGCACACGGUAAAAAUCAUAAUAAUGCAUUUGAGGAGAGCCUGCUACGCCGAGUGUGCAUCGACUGGCCCUUCUCUAUGAGAACGCACACGCCGAUGUGCCGUGUUGGAGAUGUGCAUGUAGUUCAUGUGUCCGGCGGGACUGCCCCUGGCUUUUUCUGGGGAUCAUAUUGGAUCAAAUUGUUUGCAGGCCGUUGUUCCUCCUGCAGCCCCCCAGUCUAUCCCGACGUAGUUGUGAAUUGAACAUGGCGACUGUACCAGUAUAUUGCAUCUGCAGAUUACCUUACGACGUGAUCUUUUAUGAUCGGAUGCAUGCUUUGCAGGAAUUUUUCCAAGGCAGCUGUGUUGGUGUGGAUGAAGAUGAUGCCCCAGAUAUUGAUAUUUAUCACUGCCCGAAUUGUGAAAAGACCCAUGGCAAGUCUACAUUAAAAAAGAAAAAGAACUGGAGCAAACAUGAUACGGGCCAAAGCACAGACAUCACAGUUCAGAAUGGCAGUCAAGUGUUCAUUAAAGAGCUACGCAGCAGAACAUUUCCAAGUGCUGAUGAUGUGGUGGUGAAGUUGAGUGGUGUCCAGUUGACCAUGGACUACCUGGAAGAGAACGGUUUUAAUGAGCCAAUCCUGGUCCAGAAGAAGGAUGGCCUGGGCAUGUCCAUGCCUGCUGCCACUUUCUACAUUAGUGACGUGGAAAACUAUGUUGGUCCAGAUGUCAGUGUUGAUGUGGUGGAUGUCACUAAGCAGACAGACAGUAAAAUGAAGCUGAAGGAGUUUGUGGAUUACUACUACAGCACAAACAGAAAGAAAGUAUUAGAUGUUAUCAACCUGGAGUUCUCUGACACAAGGAUGAACAAUAUAGUUGAAAGUCCACAGAUUGUCCGCAGAUUGUCUUGGGUAGAGAACUACUGGCCCGAUGAUGCUCUGCUAGGAAAGCCCAAAGUCACCAAAUACUGUCUCAUUUGUGUCAAAGACAGUUACACAGAUUUCCACAUUGAGUGUGGUGGAGCAUCCGUCUGGUAUCAUGUGUUGAAGGGUGAAAAAAUUUUCUUCUUGAUCAAGCCCACCUCAGCCAACCUGUCUUUGUACGAACGCUGGAGGUCGUCGUCCAAUCACAGUGAGAUGUUCUUUGCCGACCAAGUGGACAAGUGUUACAAAUGCACUCUGAAGCAAGGACAAACCCUCUUCAUCCCAUCAGGAUGGAUCAAUGCAAUACUGACUCCAGUCGACUGUCUGGCAUUCUCUGGGCAUUUUGUCCACAAUCUCAGUGUAGAGAUGCAGAUGAGAGCGUAUGAAAUCGAAAAGCGGUUGAAUGUCAAGACUCUCACCCCCUUUCCAAACUAUGAGACAGCCUGUUGGUAUGUGGGCCGACAUUUCCUGGAGAGAUUCAAGGCGUUACACAAAGCAAAUAAACAACCAGCUCCAUAUCUUGUACAUGGUGCCAAAAUAAUCAAUGGAGCCUUCAGAGCUUGGACUAAAAAGCAGGCACUUUUGGAACAUGAAGAUGAGCUCCCAGAAAACAUGAAACCAUCGCAGCUUAUUAAAGAUCUUGCCAAAGAGAUCAGACUGUCUGAGAAUGCAACAAAAGCCAUUAAAAGUGAGCCAAGCAUUAAGAUCCCAGUAGAAGAGCCACCAUCAACACAUUCAGAACCCGAGGAGCCUGUGUCCCCUGCUCACGUCCCAUCUCCGAGCAGAGACAGGCCACGCAAAAAGAAACCACCCAAACCUCCCAAGCCCCCAAAGAUGCCCAAAGCCCCCAAGCCCCCCAAAGUGCCCAAGGUGAAGGAGGGGGGGAAGAAGAAGGCCAAGAAAGCCAAGGAGAUGUCCCCGCCACCCAAACCCUCCAGCUUUGCUGCUCUUGAAUCCCAUGCAAAGGACAUCUUGAGUAAAAUGGACCAGUCCAAAAAGGCCAAGGCUGUUAAAAGUGUUCUUAGUUCAUCUGAGAAAGAAAUAACCAAGCAGAACAGUGUGGAUAAGUUUGAAAUCAGAGAACAGAAUAAAAACAAGACGGAAGCAAAAUGGAAGUACAAGAAUAGUAAACCAGAUUCCUUGUUAAAGAUGGAGGAGGAAAGCAAAUUUGACAGAACGCCACUGUCAAGCAAUAAAGAAAGAUUUAGCUUUAUGUCUCACAAGAAACUGCUCAGCUCCAAAAUGCUGAAACCUCAGACCAACUCAAGUGUUUUUGGAUCAUUACAAAACCUAAAAGAGGACAAAGCCAAGCCGGUGAGAGACGAGUACGAGUACGUCUCCGAUGAGGGUGAGUUGAAGAUUGAUGAGUUUCCCAUCAGACGGAAAAAGAACACCACAGUUAAAAGAGACCUAUCAUUUUUGUCUGACAUCCGAGAACCAAUUCAGCCAUCCAAAAAAGCAAAGUUCCAGCCUAUAGUGAGUAAGAGUGCUGAUUCGUCAGAUGAGGAAACUCUACACAUAGAUACAGAGGCCAAACCUGAUGUCAAAAAUCGCAACUCCAAGGUCAAGAAAAAAGGUGGCAGUGCAGCGGGCAUACUGGACCUGCUGCAGGCCAGCAAACAAGUGGGAGGCAUUGACUACAGCACAAACAGCCAGCCCCCUGCAUCUCCCAGCACACAGGAGGCCAUUCAGGGCAUGUUGUCCAUGGCCAACCUGUCAUCUUCAGACAGUUUACCACAGCCCUGGAGCAACAGCCAGUCCCGCAAUCACAGCCAGUCCAAGAGCAACUCUCACGGCUCUCAGGCUAACAGGAAGUCCGGCAGCAGUACCACCGGCAACAACAACAGCAGCAGCAAGCGAGCGGCCAAACGCAUGCCCAAGAAACCCCGGAGGAGCAGCAGCAUGGAGAGCCUGGACUACGAUGACGACCAGGACCACAUGGAUGCCUGCUUCAAGGACUCAGACUACGUUUAUCCUUCUUUGGAAUCAGAGGAAGAUAAUCCUGUUUUCAAAUCCAGAUCCAAAAAGCGGAAAAGUAGUGAUGAUACGCCAUACAGUCCCACAGCUCGUGUAGGACCUUCAGUCCCUAGACAAGAGAGACCAGCCAGGGAUGGGGCACGAGUGGCCUCUAUAGAAACAGGCUUGGCCGCUGCAGCCGCCAAGCUCUCGCAUCAGGAGGAGCAACAAAAAACAAAGAAAAAGAAGAAAAGUACCAAAAAGAAGACAUUAGUAAUGGAGGAUCCCCCAAGACUCUCCCAGGACAGCAGUUCUGAUCACAAUGCAGACUCUAAUGAUGGCAACAUGUCGGAUCAGGAGUUCAGCACUGGGACAGUCAAAUCCCCAGGAGGACCCCAGCCCAUGGCCCCAGGCGUGUUCCUCAACCAGAGGCGGCCAUCUUUGUCCUCACCCAACAACAGCACCCACUCCUCAAGCACCAACAACAGUGGCCUGGCCAAGGGAGAGCGUCCAGCAGCUCCCGACUCCAAAGCAAAGCGGCUAAAGAAAGGCAUGGCCACAGCCAAACAGAGACUAGGAAAGAUUUUAAAGAUUCAUCGAAAUGGAAAGCUCCUCCUGUAGCAUGCAACGGACUGGGUUCACCUCCCAAACUCACCCCUCACCCCUACGCCCUUUUAACCGUAUAAGGAAAAAACUGAACCAAGAAUAGGAGGAAACGGGGAGAAAUCAUGCAUUUUUUCAAUUUAUAAGAAGAACAUCACUCAAAUAGGUUUUUGCCUCCUCUUAUACUUUAUAACUUUCAAAUAUAAAAAGUGUACAGAACCUACUAUAAAUAUUUUUUAUGAGAACAUGUGUCAUUUUACUACAGCUGUUUGUUUAUCAGGGGUUGCUAAACAUGAAGUAGAACUACAUUGCAGUCAUUCCAAGAUUUCUGAAAGUAUCCCUUGCAUGUAUUGAGUUGCAUGUCCAGGUUGGGUUUGGGGUUUGCGUUUUGGCUUUAACUGGAUGGAUGCAGCUCAUCAUUGCCACAUAGGUUAUGUCUACACUAAUAAGCUACACCACUCUAUUGCAGUCUGUCUUAUUGUUGAUUUUAUUAUUGGCAAAAACAACACUCACAUUAAAAUGCACUGACAUUAAGACAACAAUAAAUUUUCUUUAGAUUAUAUUCUUCAAGAGCUUAAUAGCGUGGACAUCGCCAUGUAUUUAACUUAAAACUCUGCCGCUCACAUUUUACUUAACCCUGUUUAUCAUUUCUGUGUACUAAAGCAAAGCACUAUCAAGAGUAAUAUUUAUUUAUUGGUAUGGUAGAUGGGACUAAGCAGGACUUGGAGGAGUAACUGUAAAGCACAAAGUGAGUGGGGAGCUGGUUUGCAUAGGACUGUGGUACAUUGGGCUGGCCUCCCUUUAGGCUUGGACUAGUUUCUGUGUUGCCAUUGUAAUAAAGGGCCCAGUAUUUUUUUGUAAAAUGUUUGGAAAAAUACCAUCACAGCAAACCUAUACAGUAGACAUCUUAAGAAAUCAACAAAAAAUUGUGUUUUGUUUCAUUUUUAAGAGACAAUAAGAUUUUAUUUGUGAUGUCAAUAACAAAUCCAAAUCAUAUUUUAUGUGUCAUUUAGCACAAUAUUGCUUGACUUACAACUUACUUGACUUCUAAUGCUAGUUACUUUAUUUUAAUGCUAAUUUGAAAUUCUGGAAAUUGAGAAUUGAAUCCUGUAAAGUUGUCUUUACGGGUCUCUUUGAUAGUUAUAUGCAAAAAUAGCAUAGACUGGUCUAAGCUUACCGGGUGGUGCAAGCCCUGCAGUUUGAUAAUGAUAAGCUUCAUCCAUGUCAGGUAUGCCGUUACAUGGGGAUACUUUCUCUCUUCUGUUGCUUUACCAGGCAGCACAACCACAUCUGUGCAUUUUCACUACGUUACAGUACAGUGUAGGGAAUGUAGCUUGUACAUAGCCUUUUCAGUUACUUUUGUAUCCCUUCCUCUUAUGGUUUAAUCCUACAUUUUUACUGUUUUUGCUAAUUAUGAAUAAAUAAAUAAAAAUAUAUAAAUAUAUAUGAAUAUACAGUAUCAACUGAGCAAAUCUGUUAAGUUUUUUAGUUAGGUUUUACUUAAAAAAAAACUUUUUUCUUAAAGGUGUUGCCUGGAAAACAACUGAAGAAACGUUUUAUUUUCAUAUUGCCUUACAUACACAUAGCUAAUUGUACUGUAUUGUGUUUUCGGUUCAAAGGAGAGACAAAGCUUUGAGGAAAAUUUAUGUAAAAAAGUUUUUAAAAACAAAAAAAAGACAAAAAAAAAAACAACAACACUCACACAACCAACCACAGACACUUAAAAGUUUCUCCAACCAGCCUCUUGUUGGAGCUCUAGUAACCUGAAGGUUUUUGGAAUUAUUUUACUAGCACCUUGUGAAGUGUUUAUGUGUCAGUGAUGUAAUUUAUUAAUGUUUGUAGCUUUUUUAUACUUGUACAAUUCUUAAAGAGUUUUUGGUUUGGAAUAUUUCAUUAUCUUGUGAAUUUAUCCUCAACAGAACUUCUGUUUAUUAUUCUUAUUUUGUUUAUUGUGUACUUGAGUGCAUUUGGGAGGCAUCACAAACAUUUUACAGAUUUAUACCAGCAACAUUAUUCAAAAUAGCAGUUCACUGUGGAUGUAUUAUAAGACCUGUAUUUACCUGAAUUUAACAGAUUUCGGUUCAAAUUGUAUUCAUGACAAUUACUUAUCAUCGACCACAUGUUUGAACUGUGUUUCAGUCAGUGUUGCGGAAUAUCAUUAACAGGGCUAUGGAUUUCUUUCCCCAGAAACUUUGUAAUACCAUUUAUGUCCAGUUUGUGGCAGUUCUUAUAAUACAUCUGCAGAGUAUGUACCCUCAGUGUCACCAUGGUCUGGCAUCACGGUCUACAUUUCCACUGUGACAUUUCAUACAUGUUCAUCUCUUGGCCUCUGUCCUUGCACUUGUUUUCGGGUGGGACGAUUUCAUGGGCCGUAGAUUUAAGUUCUCACCAAGACCUGGUCAAAUACUGGUCAAAAGUGAACAUCUUUUCAGGUUUUCUUUCACAGGGUUCCUACACAGUAUGUACAAACAUGGAAUAUGGGUUUGGGAUAUUUUAUGUCUGUAAAUGUAUGGAAAAUAAUAUGAGAUAUUUUGUUUUUUAUUUCUUCAAAUUGUAUGUUGAAAAAUUAAUACCUCCAGCCUAUCAUGUGAUAAUUAUCUUAUAGCUAAAUUUACCAUUUUAAGGAAAAUCAUCAUAUUCAGUAUUUUAGCAAAGAUUCUGCGCUGUGGCAACACCCAGUGAACAUUCACUGUAUUCUUAACUCAUCUUUUCACACUUAAAUGUCAUAUCUUGGCUGAAAAAUUAAUUGUGAUGCCUGCAAAAAGUUGAAAUUUUAUUUGUAAAAAUGUGUAAGAACCCUGUUUGUACAUUAUGUGUGUUACUUUGUUUUUAAAAAUCAUUUUAUAUGUUAUCACUGCAUCCACUGUCACAGCAGUGAAUGAUACUUGUUGUAGCCGUCUUCCCUUACUGUUAUUUGCAGUACUAGUAUUUACAAUCCUUUUUGAGCUGAAGCUAUAUUUUUCUGUAUUUAGAUGAUUCUGUUUGAGGUCAUGGCUCACUUUUUUAAGACAUGGAGAAAUGGAAAAUUCCGAGGAACAAACAUAUUGUUGUUGAAUGAUAUGAUUGUCCGCCUUGUUUACUUUUGCAAUACAGUUAUUGUGGAAAACCUA